CCGUAGGAGUGAUGAGCUCUACGCAUGUGUGGCAGUAGCUAGCGUGUUGUGUUCUCUGCUGAUGUUGCAUUAGAAAUGUUGAUAUUUUGCACUCAGUAUUUAAAUGUGUGCGAAUUGUAGCCACUAGCUAAGCCACCAUGAAAACGAGAUUCAACACUGUGGAUAUCAGGGCAGUUAUUGCCGAGAUCAACGCCAACUACAUUGGCAUGAGAGUAAACAACGUGUAUGACAUCGACAACAAGACUUACCUCAUCCGCCUGCAAAAGCCUGACACCAAAGCUGUUCUCCUGAUUGAAUCUGGGACUCGUAUUCACUCUACAGACUUCGAAUGGCCCAAGAAUACCAUGCCUUCGGGCUUUGCCAUGAAAUGUCGGAAACACCUGAAGUCGAGGCGGUUGACCCAGGUUAAGCAGCUCGGCGUUGACAGGAUCGUUGACAUCCAGUUUGGCUCAGAUGAGGCUGCAUACCACUUGAUCAUUGAACUUUACGACAGGGGUAACAUCAUCCUGGCAGACCAUGAAUACACCAUCCUGAAUCUGCUGCGCUUCCGCACCGAUGAGGCAGAGGAUGUGAAGAUCGCAGUGAGAGAAAAGUACCCUGUGGAGAACGCCCGACCCCGUGAACCCCUCAUCAGUCUGGAGAGACUCACUGAAAUCCUUGCUAAAGCACCAAACGGAGAGCAAGUGAAAAGGAUCCUGAAUCCACACCUUCCCUAUGGAGCCACUCUGAUUGAGCAUUGUUUGUUGGAAGUGGGACUCUCGGCCUCCGUCAAAGUCGACAGCCAAGUAGAUGCUGCCCAAGUUGCACCUAAAAUCCUGGAGGCCCUUCAGAUGGCAGAAGAAUAUAUGGAGAAAACCGAGAGCUUCAGUGGAAAAGGUUACAUCAUUCAAAAGAGCGAGAAGAAACCAAGCUUAGCUCCUGACAAAUCCAGUGAAGAAUUGCUCACGUAUGAGGAAUUCCAUCCAUUCCUCUUUGCCCAGCAUGUGAAGAGCGCCUAUGUGGAGUUUGAUUCUUUUGACAAGGCAGUGGAUGAGUUCUACUCUAAGAUGGAGAGCCAGAGGAUUGAUAUGAAGGCCUUGCAGCAGGAGAAACAGGCUCUGAAGAAGCUGGACAAUGUCAGGAAGGACCACGAACACAGGCUGGAGGCCUUGCACCAAGCUCAGGAGGUGGACAGGAUAAAGGGUGAGCUGGUGGAAAUGAACCUGGCAGUGGUGGAUAGAGCUUUGCAGGUGGUCCGCAGCGCCCUGGCCAACCAGGUCGACUGGACUGAGAUCGGCCUCAUCGUCAAGGAAGCCCAGGCUGCUGGAGACCCCGUGGCCUGUGCCAUCAAGGAGCUGAAGCUCCAGACCAACCACAUCACGAUGCUGUUAAAGAAUCCAUACAUUUCUGAGGAGGACCAAGAAGAAGAAGAGGAAGAGGAAGAUGUGGCUGAGCAGAAGGAGGUGCAGAAAGGGAAGAAGAACAAGAACAAAGACAAAGACAAAGGACAGAAAAACAAGCUGCAAAAGAACAAGCCCAUGUUGGUGGACGUCGAUCUCAGCCUGUCAGCCUAUGCCAACGCCAAAAAAUACUAUGACCACAAACGGUCUGCUGCAAAGAAGGAGCAGAAAACUGUGGAGGCAGCACAGAAGGCUUUUAAAUCUGCAGAGAAAAAGACAAAGCAAACACUAAAAGAGGUCCAGACAGUGACCACCAUUCAGAAGGCCAGGAAAGUCUACUGGUUUGAGAAGUUCUUAUGGUUCAUCAGCUCAGAAAAUUACCUCGUCAUUGCAGGAAGGGACCAGCAGCAGAACGAGAUGAUUGUGAAACGCUACCUGAGGGCCGGUGAUAUCUACGUUCAUGCUGACCUACAUGGAGCAACCAGCUGUGUCAUCAAAAACCCCUCAGGUGACCCCAUCCCUCCCCGUACCCUGACGGAGGCUGGCACCAUGGCCGUGUGCUACAGCGCUGCCUGGGAUGCCAAAAUCAUCACCAGUGCCUGGUGGGUCCACCAUCACCAGGUGUCCAAGACUGCUCCGACUGGAGAGUACCUGACCACUGGAAGUUUCAUGAUCAGAGGAAAGAAAAAUUUCCUGCCGCCCUCUUACUUGAUGAUGGGUUUCGGCUUCCUUUUCAAGGUCGAUGAGCAGUGUGUGUUCAGGCACCGAGGGGAGAGGAAGGUGAAGACCAUAGAAGAAGAUAUGGAGGAGGUGACAUCCAGCACCGCUGAGCUGCUGGAGGAGGGAGAGGAGCUGAUAGGUGAUGACAGCAGCAAUGAAGGAGAGGGUGAGGAUAAAGGAGGAGUGGGUGGAGAGACGGAGGACAAGAUGAAAAAGGAAAACGAGGUAGAGGGGGAAGACGGUGCGAGCGACACACCGGCCGGCGUUUCCAAGGAGUCGGCAUCAGACGCAGACAGGAUGGAGGACGAGGCAGAGGAAGAUGAGGGGGAGAGCGACAAGGAAGCAGAGAUGAAGAGUGACGAAGAGAGCGGCGAGGUCAGCUUCCCAGAUACAACCAUCUCCCUCUCCCACUUACAGCCCAGCAGUACUCAGAACGCCGGCUUCAAGAAGGAAGUGACCACUCAGGCUGAGGUAGACACACAGGGGAGGAAACACAUGACUGCCAAGCAGAGAAGGGAAGAGAAGAAGAAGAAGCAGAAGCAGGACGGUGGCCACAGCGACGGGAAGACGGAGGAUUCGUCUGAUGUCCCUGGAGCCAAUCAGGGAGCUAAGAGCGGAGGAGGCCCCUCCCAGCAGCCUCUGAAGAGAGGUCAGAAGAACAAGCUGAAGAAGAUCAAGGAGAAGUACAAGGACCAGGAUGAAGAGGAUAGGGAGCUGAUGAUGAAGCUUCUCGGGUCGGCCGGUUCCAAGGAGGAGAAGGAUAAGGGGAAGAAAGGAAAGAAGGGAAAGGGAAAAGAUGAGCCGGUCAAGAAAGCCCCUCAGAGGCCACCUCAGAAACCCCGAAGUGCGGAGACUGCUGCCAAGAAACCAGAGAGGACGGGAGACGGGGAGGAUAAAGAGGAGGAGCAGCCUGGAGUGGAGGGAGGUGCUGCUGAACAGGAGGACAAGGAAGAUGAUGUGGACCAGGACAACCCCGGAGCAGAGGAGGCAGAGAACCUGCUCACCUCGCUGACGGGGCAGCCGCAUGCGGACGAUGUGCUGCUGUUUGCUGUGCCGGUCUGCGCUCCCUACACUGCCCUGUCCAACUACAAACACAAAGUGAAGUUGACACCGGGCACCCAAAAGAAAGGGAAAGCUGCCCGCACAGCAGUUCUCAGCUUCAUGAAAGCCAAAGAGGCCUCGGUCAGAGAGAAAGACCUGUUCCGCAGUGUCAAGGACACUGACCUGUCCAGAAACAUGCCAGGCAAAGUCAAAGUGUCUGCACCCAACCUGCUGGCUGCCAAGAAGAAAUAAGACAUGGGCCAGCAGUGUGGGAUUCAAUUGUCGAGACAGACUUUCAUACAGUCUAGAGGGACUGUACUGACAGCAAGCCUAGAUUUCUAGAUCAUAUUCAUGAACAUGUUGAUGGUGGUGAUAUGUUGGGAUCAGAUCAGGGCAGUGCCCGUAUCGGGACUGUUUGGAUGCAAGUGGAUUUAGUUUGAGACUGAUUGUGUAUGUUAUUGACCCUCAGAAGAUUUUUCUCCAAAUUUUAACAUGUAAAUUAACAAAGUUGAAGAACACAAAAAACGCAAUUAAUUUGUGUCAUGUGUUUAUUCUUUGAGCCAAAAUUCACAUUUUAAACACAUUUUGUGCAUUGUAUUCUACAAUAGAAACACAGAGGUAAGAUUGUGCAAACCAGACAAAAAAAAAA